AUGAAACAGAAGUCUAAAAGUUUUUCAUUCAUCAAACAAGUUAAACUAAAAUCAUUUGCUCAUGAUUUGUAUGGGGUGAAAAUAAACGACGAGGAUGAGAUGAUUCGAAGGACUGCCCUUAACCAGCGGAAGAGAUUUAUUGAAAAUGCGAACGUAGCGAAGUACAUCAACGAUUUAUUCUGCCUUAUUCAAAACGACCAAAGUUGUCCAAUCCAAGCCUCAAACUUCUCCAAUUUACAUGUUGGUAUUUUGCACUUAAAUUUUUUUGUUAGCUUGGUAAAUGAAAUUGUACUUUCAGACCAGAAUAAAGAGCCGUCGAAUACCAACAGUAGCCCAAAUAUUAUUUCACUAAAAUAUGCUGCUCAAACUCAAGCUCUUCAAAAGGAGAAGAAAGGAAGGAAGAUUAUGCAGAUGGCACAAGUUCACAUUACGUGA